GUGCAGAUACGCAGACGUCUCUACCUACAGGAUCAUGGGCUAGGGGGUGCUCAAUCACAGCAGCCAGCGUGGGAAGGCGUCUUGCAAAGUAUUAACAGCACUACCAAACUUUAAUUGCGUAGUUCGGAAUCAGAUAUGCGAGGAAACUGGGUCCUCCACUAUCGGCCACCUCGCCCAAUCUCACAGGAUAGUUAUAGGCUGAGUUCAGCAGCGGGACCCAGUUUCCUCCUGACAGAGGUCCGGGUAAAGGGUUACGGUUACCACAGGUCGCUCCUGACGAAAACCGCAAGCUGCGCCAAAUCUCGCGCAGCGGGCGGGGAAUGUAAGGUAUCGCGAGAUGACAGGAUUUUCCCGCGAAGGAGAAGCGCGCUUUUUUCCCUGGCGGGGGAUUUGGCUAGAAGGCUGGGCCGGCAGCGGCUGUGAGGAGUUAGCUCGCGGCAUUGCAGGCUCUGAGUGGAGGGGACCCGGUUCCCGGGUGAGUGUCCAGGCAUGCCAGCGGAACGGCCCGCGGGCAGCGGCGGCUCGGAGGCUCCAGCAAUGGUUGAACAACUGGACACUGCCGUGAUUACCCCGGCCAUGCUAGAAGAGGAAGAACAGCUUGAAGCUGCUGGACUAGAGAGAGAGCGGAAGAUGCUGGAAAAGGCUCGCAUGUCUUGGGAUAGAGAGUCAACAGAAAUUCGGUACCGUAGACUUCAACAUUUGCUUGAAAAAAGCAAUAUCUACUCCAAAUUUUUAUUGACGAAAAUGGAACAGCAACAGUUAGAGGAACAGAAGAAGAAAGAAAAAUUGGAGAGAAAAAAGGAGUCUUUAAAAGUUAAAAAGGAUAAAAAUUCAAUUGAUGCAAGUGAAGAGAAGCCAGUUAUGAGGAAAAAAAGAGGAAGAGAAGAUGAAUCAUACAAUAUUUCAGAGGUCAUGUCAAAAGAGGAAAUUUUGUCUGUGGCUAAAAAAAAUAAAAAGAAUGAGGAUGAAAACUCCUCCUCUACUAAUCUCUGUGUGGAAGAUCUUCAGAAAAAUAAAGAUUCAAAUAGUAUAAUUAAAGAUAGAUUGUCUGAAACGGUUAGGCAGAAUACUAAAUUCUUUUUUGACCCAGUCCGGAAGUGUAAUGGUCAGCCAGUACCUUUUCAACAACCAAAGCACUUCACAGGAGGAGUGAUGCGAUGGUACCAAGUAGAAGGCAUGGAAUGGCUUAGGAUGCUUUGGGAAAAUGGAAUUAAUGGCAUUUUAGCAGAUGAAAUGGGAUUGGGUAAGACAGUUCAGUGCAUUGCUACUAUUGCAUUGAUGAUUCAGAGAGGAGUACCAGGACCUUUUCUUGUCUGUGGCCCUUUGUCUACACUUCCUAACUGGAUGGCUGAAUUCAAAAGAUUUACACCAGAUAUCCCUACAAUGUUAUAUCAUGGAACCCAGGAGGAACGUCAAAAAUUGGUAAGAAAUAUUUACAAACGGAAAGGGACUUUGCAGAUUCAUCCUGUGGUGAUCACGUCAUUUGAAAUAGCCAUGAGAGACCGAAAUGCGUUACAGCAUUGCUAUUGGAAAUACUUAAUAGUAGAUGAAGGACACAGGAUUAAGAAUAUGAAGUGCCGUCUAAUCAGGGAGUUAAAACGAUUCAAUGCUGAUAACAAACUUCUUUUGACUGGUACUCCCUUGCAAAACAAUUUAUCAGAACUUUGGUCAUUGCUAAACUUUUUGUUGCCAGAUGUAUUUGAUGACUUGAAAAGCUUUGAGUCUUGGUUUGACAUCACUAGUCUUUCUGAAACUGCUGAAGAUAUUAUUGCUAAAGAAAGAGAACAGAAUGUAUUGCAUAUGCUGCACCAGAUUUUAACACCUUUCUUAUUGAGAAGACUGAAGUCUGAUGUUGCUCUUGAAGUUCCUCCUAAACGAGAAGUAGUCGUUUAUGCUCCACUUUCAAAGAAGCAGGAGAUCUUUUAUACAGCCAUUGUGAACCGUACAAUUGCAAACAUGUUUGGAUCCAGUGAGAAAGAAACAAUUGAGUUAAGUCCUACUGGUCGACCAAAACGACGAACUAGAAAAUCAAUAAAUUACAGCAAAAUAGAUGGUUUCCCUAAUGAAUUGGAAAAAUUGAUCAGUCAAAUACAGCCAGAGGUGGACCGAGAAAGGACUGUUGUGGAAGUGAAUAUCCCUGUAGAAUCUGAAGUUAAUCUGAAGCUGCAGAAUAUAAUGAUGCUACUUCGUAAAUGUUGUAAUCAUCCAUAUUUGAUUGAGUAUCCUAUAGACCCUGUUACACAAGAGUUUAAGAUCGAUGAAGAAUUGGUAACAAAUUCUGGGAAGUUCUUGAUUUUGGAUCGAAUGCUGCCAGAACUAAAAAAAAGAGGUCACAAGGUGCUGCUUUUUUCACAAAUGACAAGCAUGUUGGACAUUUUGAUGGAUUACUGCCAUCUCAGAGAUUUCAACUUCAGCAGGCUUGAUGGGUCCAUGUCUUACUCAGAGAGAGAAAAAAAUAUGCACAGCUUUAAUACGGAUCCAGAGGUGUUUAUCUUCUUAGUGAGUACACGAGCUGGUGGCCUGGGCAUUAAUCUGACUGCGGCAGAUACAGUUAUCAUUUAUGAUAGUGAUUGGAACCCCCAGUCGGAUCUUCAGGCCCAGGAUAGAUGUCAUAGAAUUGGUCAGACAAAGCCAGUUGUUGUUUAUCGCCUUGUUACAGCAAAUACUAUUGAUCAGAAAAUUGUGGAAAGAGCAGCUGCUAAAAGGAAACUGGAAAAGUUGAUCAUCCAUAAAAAUCAUUUCAAAGGUGGUCAGUCUGGAUUAAAUCUGUCUAAGAAUUUCUUAGAUCCUAAGGAAUUAAUGGAAUUAUUAAAAUCUAGAGAUUAUGAAAGGGAAAUAAAAGGAUCAAGAGAGAAGGUCAUUAGUGAUAAAGAUCUAGAGUUGUUGUUAGAUCGAAGUGAUCUUAUUGAUCAAAUGAAUGCUUCAGGACCAAUUAAAGAGAAGAUGGGGAUAUUCAAGAUACUAGAAAAUUCCGAAGAUUCCAGUCCUGAAUGUUUGUUUUAAACUGGAGCUCAAGAAUAGCUUUUAAAAGUUCUUGUUUACAUCUAGUGAUUUCCCUGUAUUGGGUUUGAAAUACUGAUUGUCCACUUCACCUUUUUUAUUAUAUCAGUUGACAUGUAACUAGUACCAUGCGUACUUAAAUAGAUGGUAAUUUUCUGAGCCUUACCAAGAACAAAGAAGUAUCCAUAUUAAGUUUAGAUUUUCAGUUAAUUUUUGAGACUGAGUAGUAUUCUUGGAUACAGGCUGAUGUGUACUUAACCACUUCCAGAUUUAUACAGUCUUCCUGUGGAAGUUUAGUAAAUGUCUUUUUUCCCUCCUUCUAGUAAUGCAGUUCAUGGGCUUUAGGUACUUCAGUUAUGAAGUAGGCUUUUCAUGGGGAGAGAUUGGGAUUAUGCUCUCUGUUGUUUAAGAAAUUGUUUGAUUUUAGAGUCUAUUUCUAUGAGAUAGUUUACCAAAUAAAUGUUCCUUAUAAGAUGAUCUCAUUAAAUUAUUUCUUCAGGAAUAGCUUAGGUGCAAUAAUAGCAAAAGACUUGGCUGUCGGUAGGAUUUGGUUAUUUUGUUUUCUUGGUUUCAUUCACUAGUACUAUAGGAGUGUGUCAUAUAGAGAUUUCAAGUGGACAUUGUGUUAGCACAAGAGAAGUUUCUGAAUGAAACUUUAGGGUCUUGAGAAAUGACUAGAAAUUGGAAAUGGUAGUGUAUCAUGCCAAACAAGACAGACCCUGAAAAUUUAUAGUAGUGGGUUAACUAGAACCAAAUAUAAGAGAAUAGGCCUUAGGAAUAUGUAAGUAAUGCACAAUCUGUAAUAGAACAGCAUAAAGGCCAAAAGGGGCACAAUUUAGACCCUGUGUGAAAGGAUAUCAGACAAUGAGGAAGAGAAAUCCUGAAUGUACCCCGGAGAGGGGACGUACUCCAUAAGCCAUACAUUUCUGUGUUAGUGUUUAUUUCAUGGAAAAAUAUUGCUGUUGCCAUGUAUAUUCAAAUGCAGAUCAGAUGAUCUGUUUAGGAUAAUGGAACCGUCACUUAAGAAAAACUUAAUUUUUUUUUUCCUGUGUCCUGUUGGCACAGGUCUUUUCUUUUAAAUUUUUAUUUUAAUCGUUUUGGGGUACAAGUGGGUUUUGGUUACAUGGAUAAGUUCUUUGGUGGUGAAGAAAAACUUCAGAUAGAACAUUCGGUUAAAUAAAAGACUAUAGAGCAGGUUUAUUUGUUUUUUAAGUCAAAAUGUUAACCCAUUACAUAAGCAUGCUGACCUAGACUUGCUUGAAACUCAUGAUCUUGUCCUUAAGAGACCCAGUCUUUCCUGUUAACAUUGUCCUAAAUGACUGGUUUCAUAGUUUUACUCUGUCAUUGCACGUCUCAUAUCUCCUCCCUCUCACUUUGCUCCCUAUUGCCCUGAGAAAAUAGACGCAAUCAGAAAAGAAUCUUUAAAAGUUGUCACCGUUGCAUCUGUAAACCUAGCAUCUGUGCCCAUCUGUCCCCAUCUGCCCUUUAUUAUAUACUGUGGAUAUAUUGUUUGUCCUAGCUUGAGCCAAUUGCAAUGUCUCAUUUCUUUUAUAGCAAAACUCCUUGAAAAAGAGUUCUAUUAUAGCAAAACUCCUUGCCUGUAUUCAUUGUUUUUAGUUUGUUCUGUUUUUUCUGAACCCAUUCCAAUCAGAUACUCAUUUCCAUUGGAGCUGGUAUUUUUAAGGUCUCGUGACGUCAGUGACCUCAUUACUUGAUCUAUUAGCAGCAUUUCAUACAGUUGUUGACUCUUCUCCAUUAAAACACUUACUUUAUUUGGCUUCUAGCAGACAGAUUUGCCUGCUUUUUCUUCCUAUUUCUCUGACUCUCUUCUCAGUUUCCUUUGCUGUUUCGUUUUCUAUCCUCUAAACAUUGGAAUAUCCUAAGCCUAGUUUGGGAUUCCCUUGAUGGUCUUCAUUUCUUUAAUAGGAACUGUGCUGGUGACUCAAAUUUAUAUCUCCAGCCAGAACCUUUCUCCUGAAUUCCAGAUUCACAUAUCCGACUGUUUACUGGGUGCUUGAUAACUAUAUCUGUACUUUUCAUCUUGUUUAAUCCAAAUUUGCUGCUUUUGCAUUUUCCUUAGUUCAAUAAAUGACAACUUUAUUCUUCCAGUUGUUUAAACCAAAA